UCUCAAUCAACUUGUAGCAAUUCUAAAAGCAACAGAAAAGCACGAUCAAUUGAUGAAAAGAUUACAAUGCAUAUCAUAAGCCCCGGAACCAAGGAGAGAUAUGAUUCUGGAAUCUCAGCACAUUUUUUUUGAUAUGCGAGCAUGUACGACAUUAAUACGCAGAACACACGAGUUACGACUAAGUAUGCUAUUCCACAUACAUAAUUAUACAUGUGUAUAUGUGUGAGAUUAUAUCAUAGCAAGCUUCGGAUGAUGUGAGUUCAAAAAAUGACACUGAGUUUGGAAAAUACGACCUUGACCCAGCAAAUAGAAAUCGAAAACACAACAUUCGCCGAUGUCUUCCCAGAUCCUGUUUCCGACGUACAAAGAUGUUCCCUGGCCUGCAUCAUAAUCAUCAUUGUCAUCUUCGCUCUUGGAUUCAUAGUAUGUUGUUCACUAGUGAUAAGGAAAUGUAUUGAAAAGACGUACUUGUUACGAAGCCGAAUCCAGUCCUUUAUAGUGAGUGUACCCCCUGUUUCCGGGGUUACGGAUAGCAGUGAAGACGUUAAUAAACCCACAUUUUAUUUAGAUACUCAGAGUAGUGAAUCAGGACAUGGGGAUAGUGAGGGGAAAAGACACUCGUUCUCAACAGAUUCACACGGGGGCGGAUCAUCGAUCAGAGAGGCGGAAAGUAGGGAUGGGUCGUCAGCAGAGGAACAUGUCUCGUGAUUAACAGAUUGAAAUACCCAUCUUGGACUCCGUGGAGUAUCUGUAAGGAUUUUGUUAGCUCUGAAAUCUUAUGUUCAGAACGUUUGUCGCAACCAAUAUACACCAACCAACGGACGAACAUUUUAUUUUCCACUGUCUGGACAUUCGAUGUGGAUAUGGAAUUUACUGAAUGUUUAAAAUCAUCAAUGUUUGACACCUUUGUGAGAUGGUUAGCCUGAGAUGUUGGACCGCUAUGAUGUGAUUAUUACGUCACACUAUUGGCGGAGUCAGCUAUAUUUGCAUUCGUCGAUGUUCAAUAGUAAACGAAAUUAUUCGAGUGAAGGAAGCUUUUGAUAUUGUUUUUGGACUUCGAAAAAUUGUAUUAUAAAUGGUGUACAAAAAAUACAUUUUAUAUCUAGUAUAUUUUCAACUAACUUGUAUAUUAUUUACCAUAUUUCUUUAAAAAAAAUGAAACAUUAGAGUAUAAUUUUAUAGGUUUUCAAAACAUCGCGUUAACACAAGUUUCAGCGUUACAAGUCCAAAAUUAAAAAUCUCAAUUAUCUUAUAAGAAUUUUUUUUUGCAUUUUUUCAGUGAAAAUGAACAAAAAGUGUUUUAUUUGCAAAUAAAGUACUUUAUGGUUUCACAUUUCACAUGUCAUAAUGCUAUUGAUUUUCAAUCGGCAAUUCUCGCCUGACGCUCCAUUCAAACCUCUGUUAAUUUACCGCACUCUUACCUUAAGCUUUUCGCCCUUUGCCUCUUUUGCGCCAAUUUUUAUCUUCUCUAAGAUGUUACAUGUAUUGGUACGCAUGCGCUAGACUAGUGUGACAGUACCAAAAUCAAUCUCCCAUGCAGAAGUGUCGUUCGUAUCCUCUCUCAGACACCUCUUCAAUGGGCUCAAAGAUUUUUGACAUAACAUAUAAAACGUGAUAUUUGCAGAAUUGUUUCAAAUUAAAUAAUUCUGGAUUGAUUUAGUAAAUAUCUAUCUCAAAACUCAGACAAAACAUAAAAACUGAAUUAUAAUGAAUUAAAACAAA